AUGUCUAUAGUCCGCCCUCUUUGCGUUCCCAAUAUAUUGAAACCUCGAGCUUUCCCCUACCGAGCCCUGUCAUCAGAUGCCUACUCGCCUCCACCUCGCGCGCCCCCUUCUACCUCCACAUCGAACGACCAGUCCCAAUAUCCCCCUGAAGCAACCACCACCACCCCGUUGCUCACGCCAGAACAGGAAGAUCUUUUGAAGAGCAUUCUUCGGGUCGACCACGCUGGUGAGCUCGGGGCAAACUGGAUCUACAGGGGGCAGAAGUGGGCAAUGGAUGUGAAGGGAGAUACAGAGACUUCGCGCCAAGUAGAGAGUAUGUGGGAUAACGAGCGCCAUCACCUCAAGACUCUGUCGCUUCUCGUAGCCCAGCAUCGUGCUAGGCCGACGCUGCUCUAUCCUAUCUGGCAGACAAUGGCAUUCGCUCUUGGUGCCGGCACGGGGCUCAUGAGCAAGGAGGCAGCUAUGGCGUGUACCGAGGCUGUGGAGACUGUUAUCGGGGAGCAUUACGAUGACCAACUGAGAGAGCUUGCGCCACUACUCGAAAAGGCCACAGCGACAGGAGAGGCUCCUCACCCCUCAAUUCCUCUGAUGACAUCAAUCCUUAGAGAGUUCCGAGACGACGAGCUUGAGCAUCUAGACACAGCCGUAGAAGAGGGUGCACAGAAGGCUCCAGGCCACAGUCUGUUGAGUGCCAUCAUUGGUGUUGGGUGUAAGGCAGCCAUCAACGUGUGCGGGAAGAUAUAG